AAAUUUAUCGACAAAAUGGUUGAAUUGAAGCGCUCAACUAAGUUAUUUUUAAGGGCGUGCGUGUGAGAUUCGUGGGGCUUUUGCCUGUGCAUCAACUAUCUAGGGUUUUAUAGGUUUUGCGUUUGCAUCUCUCUGGGGUUUACGGGGUUUACAGAAGAUCAGGUGAGAGGAGAGAGAGAUGGAAGUUGUAGAGGAGGACUCAAAAGACUUGCAGCAGCAGAGCAAAGCCCUAGACAAGCUUACUGACCAUGUCGAAGACCGCCAGCUCAAUUCACUCAGAGUCCAAGAGGCAAUGGCGUCCAUUGCGGCUUCUGCAGAAGCUGACUGGAAUGCGAUGAAAAUGAGGGAGAAAGAACUUGCUGCAGUGAAGAUUAAUCCUGCUGAUGUUGACAUCAUUGCCAACGAAUUGGAGGUUAACCUGCUUUUCCUCAAGGGGAAGAAUUCAAUGUGCACAAUGACGUUUCCUUCAAUGCUUUAACAUCACCCCAGCCAUCAGUUGUUGCCAAGUGAUGUCUUGGAUGAUUUGGACAAGAAAGUGGCUGAGAGAACAUUAAGGGAGCACAAAGGUGAUGCAGUUGCUGCAAUUCGUUUCUUGCUUCGAUGAUACAGUUAUUCACAUCUGAUUGUACCUCUUUGCUCAUUCAUAAUCAGCGGGUAGUUUUCUGAUAAUGCUAUAGAAACAGCUGAAGAUAUACUCCGUUUCCAUGUACCCAUGCGCUGUGCGCACAUGAGAGAGAGAUAUUUGGAGUCCCUAAAGGACAGGUACACUAUACAAGCAAUGCGUAUGGCAUGCGUAUAAAAGCAACCUCAUCCUCUACCAUUGUUUGAGAAUGAGAGGAUUAGCUGCACUGCCAUUGUUUGAGAAUGAGAGGGUCACCUGCACUGCCAUUGUUUGAGAAUGAGAGGAUUACCUGCACCGUUCAUUCUCAAUAAUAAUGGACCUCAAAUGGAGGCGCAUAUUUUGGUAUGCUCUCAUUCCAAGUAAUCUGGUCAUAGAAUUAUGUUAGCACAUUGAGUAUUUGCCCUUAUGGGAAGCCUUUUGAGUUCUCCCCUUAAUCCAAAAAAGGAGAGAAUGCGACGAGGCAGCAAUUGUUUGAACAAGGCAAGUUUAGUUAAAAAGAUGCUUUUUAAAUAUAAGUAGAGUGGUGGAAGAUAUCA